UCUACACCCUUGGAGCAUCAAAGGUUUUGUAGAGUAGUAUGUGUCGUCCGGAUCCGUCGUCGUCGUCGUCGAUGCCCCCCCCCCCCCGCGCGCUAAAAGGGUCCCCUCGCAAACGCGCUCCUAUCCAUCAUGUGCGUGUAUCCUAGUAGCAGCAGCCUAGGGAAGGGGUGUCGGGAUUAUAACGAUGCAUGCUUUCCAUAAAUCCCCUCACUCGACUCCAUCUCCGUGAACUGGCUCGACUUGUUUUGGUUUUCCACUCUUUGUAAGGAUGAGUGACUCUAAUCGUUUGAACGGGACCGUAAGAUCGCUGGACCCGGGCUAUGAGUGGAGAUAUGAGUACUACGACUACGACGAUCCUGUGUCUUUUGAGGGGCUUGCAGCGCAUCGGUACUCUAUUGUGAUUGUCUUCUGGGUUGGCCUGGCUGUUUUUGUCAUCUUUAUGUUCUUUGUUCUGACUCUGCUGGCUAAGACCCGAGCUCCACAUCCUGAAAGCAGAGAAGCUGUAGUGACGCGCAGAGCACAUCUGCCUGGCUGCAUGGAGCAGCUGAACCUAAACGUGCUCCAACACAAUGCGCCCUUCCCCUCUGAGCCACCCCUGCAGGACACCUCCCGCUCUCUCCUCCCCUGUCUGGUUCAUGAGGAGGAGAGAGGCAGCCCGGGAAGCUCCGCGACCACAGGACCCUGUGGCCCCGGAGCUGGAGCAGCUCACAGGGACCUCAGGGUCGGACUGAUGGGUGGCCGGGGAGCCACGUGCGAUGGACCCCCAGACCUGUCCUCGGGCCCUGCAGCAGCCCUAGGCGCUGGUGUGUUGACCAGAGAGACCCCGGAGAACUUUGAUAUUCCGAACGUUGUGCACUAGGUUUGGAGAGUGCAAACAGAGCUUAGAUAUGGACAGGUCUGUCGCGAGGGGACGAUGGAGCUGCCAAUCAUCUUGGAAGGGAGGGGUCAAGCGCGUGGCAGGCAAUGUUUGGCCCGGGAUCCCUCCCUCAGAAUCAACUACUUCAUUACGUGUACCUCAAAACCUAUUACUGUUUGGUUCUGGUCCACCUCACUAGCCCAUAACACUAGCCCAUAGCACUAGUUCCCAGAUCACCGCAGUAGCCCAUAGCACUAGUUGACGUGUGGGUGUGCGUCUAACAAUCAUAGUGCUUGACAUGUGUUUGCUACAAAAGUGCUGAAUGUUAAUUGGUAUAGCCCACUCAUGACAUGCAUUUUUAUAUUUGGCCUUUGUAUUUCCUCAGUGAGUAAUACUUUCAUGAUUUAUGGAUGAAUAGUAAAAUCCGUUGACUUUUCAGUCUUGAAUAGCCGGCAAUAGUGAUGUUACGUGCAUGACCUCUGUGAGUGUGUGAGAAUGAAGGAUAUAUCGGAUUGAAGGAAAGAUAGACACAAGGUGGUUUUUAGACGCAACUCCGGUGUUGUUAUUGUUAUUCUGCUGUGGGAUUGCUCAAAUGUACAAUGGUUUUCACGUGGAAGAGAUAGGCAAUAAGGGGACAACAUAUUACCCCCGUCUUUCCUACAGAAAAUACAGUAUUAAAUAAAAUGCUUAUACAUGUCAUAUACCACGCACUUUCACACAUCCUAAAAACUGUAUUGCAACUCAUUCAGGAUAAAUAUGGAACAUUUCUAUCUUGUGCCAUAGAAGUGAAUGGCCACAAUAUAUAGAAAAUAACAACAGUAAACGACCACAGCACUGCAUGUCAAAGGCAAUCCCCAUAGCAACAGAACUGUUCCAA